CUUCCCUGUCCCGCAGUCAGCUGGUUGGAAUAACACCUCUCUUCACUCUCACUGGGGAAGUCAACGCUAUAUUUUUUCACUUUGACUGUAAGACUACAGUACUGACCCACUCUGUCAGGACAUAUACUGGUCUGGGAGGAAAGUACAGCAAGGAAGCCUCAGAAGGUGGGCUGGUGUGAGUGUCUCCUCAGCAGUCAUGGGGAGGUCAGAAGCGCUCUGGGUUUGGACACUGGGGACGGCCGGGCAGUUGUUCCUUCCCCUCCUCCUCUCUGUCACCUGCAUCUAUAGUCUUUCUCCACCACAGCCACGAGUCUUUCUGUCAUUUCAUGAAUUAGAGAAAACCCAGUCCUUUGAGCACUACACUCUGUCUGAGAGGGACAUGGACUAUAGGAUCCUUUUCAUGGAUGAAGAUCAGGACAGAAUAUACGUGGGCUGCAAAGAUCAUGUACUCUCAAUGGACAUCAACAACAUCACUCAUGGCACGUUGAAGAUCUUCUGGCCGGCAUCCACCAGUAAAGUCGAGGAGUGUCAGAUGGCUGGCAAAGACCCCACACAUGGAUGUGGAAACUUCUUGCGUGUGAUUCAACCCUAUAACAGGACACAUAUGUUCAUCUGCGGCAGUGGAGCCUACAGCCCAGUGUGUGUAUAUGUGAACCGUGGCAGGCGUCCUGAGGAGCAAAUAUUCCACAUCUCUUCACGAGCCGAAUCAGGCAAAGGGAGGUGCUCCUUCAACCCACAGGUCAACACUGUCUCGGUCAUGCUCAAUCAGGAGUUGUUCUCUGGCAUGUACAUUGACUUCAUGGGGACAGAUGCAGCUAUCUUCAGGAGCCUGACCAGCAGGAACGCAGUGAGGACCGACCAGCAUAACUCCAAAUGGCUGAGCGAGCCAGUAUUCAUUGAUGCCCACUUGAUUCCUGACGGUUCUGAUCCGAACGACGCCAAGCUCUACUUCUUCCUGCGUGAGAGACUGACAGAUACUAGUGGAAACACUAAGAACAUCCACACGAUGGUGGCGCGAGUGUGCCCUAAUGACACUGGUGGGCAACGUAGUCUGGUGAAUAAGUGGACCACAUUCCUGAAGGCUCGCAUGGUAUGUUCAGUUCUGGAAGAGGAUGGUACUGAGACCCACUUUGAUGAGCUUGAGAAUGUGUUUUUAUUGGAGACAGACCACCCAAAGGGCCUUCUCCUCUUUGGAGUCUUCACCUCCACAAGCUCUGUGUUCAGAGGCUCUGCUGUCUGUGUGUACAACAUGGCCGACAUCCUGACGGUCUUCAAUGGACCGUUUGCACACAGGGAUGGGCCCAACUUUCAGUGGGUGGCUUUCCAGGGCCGGAUUCCCUACCCACGACCUGGAACUUGUCCUGGUGGUGCGUUCACCCCUCAUAUCCAGAGUACUAAAGAGUUUCCAGAUGAUGUUGUGACGUUUGUGAGGAAUCACCCCGUCAUGUUUAACCCCAUUUAUCCAGUGGGCAGGAAACCUCUGGUCGUGCGGACGCAUGCCGAUUACAAGUACACCUCCAUAGCUGUGGACCAGGUCACCGCUGCGGACGGACACUACCAGGUCCUCUUUCUGGGCACAGAUAAAGGCACAGUACAGAAGGUUGUCGUUUUGCCGUCAAACGGCUCUCUGCAUGAGGAUCUAAUCCUGGAGGAGCUGGAAGUGUUUAAGAAGCAGUCUCCCAUCACCAACCUACGAAUUUCUUCUAAAAAGCAACAGCUGUACGCAAGCUCCGAGCAUGGAGUAUCUCAGGUGUCUCUGCAUCGUUGCAAUGCUUAUGGCUCUGCCUGUGCGGACUGCUGUUUAGCACGGGACCCAUACUGCGCCUGGGACGGACUCAGCUGUUCUCGAUUCUACCCCACUGGUAAAAGGAGGAGCAGAAGGCAAGAUAUUAUGCAUGGGAAUCCAAUAACACAGUGCAGAGGUUUCAAUCUCAAAGCCUAUAGGAAUGCAGUGGAGAUGACUCAGUAUGGAGUCAAAAACAACACCACCUUCCUGGAAUGUCAGCCUAAAUCUCCUCAGGCAUCCGUCAAAUGGCUCAUUCAGAGAGACAAUGAUCGCAGGAAAGAGGUGAGGCUCAGUGAUCGUGUGGUGUCCACCAAUCAUGGUUUGCUCAUCCGCUUAGUGCAGACUUCAGAUCAGGGCUUGUACUACUGUCUGGCCACAGAGAAUGGCUUCAAGCGCACGCUGGCUAAGUUUCGUCUGCAGGUGCUCAGCGAGGCUCUGGUCAGCGUGCUGAGUGACAAACAGAAGUCUCCCUGGGGCUGGGCAGCCACACUGCACCCUAAAGCCCUGGUGUCGGCCUUCAGUCCGGCUGAGACGCUCGCCAUGCACCAGUACUGCAAGGAACGCAAGCAACUGCAGAGUUUGCAGAGCAUGCAGACCCCCACGCGAGGAGAUUUGGGCAAACUCAAACCCCUGCUGGACCACAGGAAGAGUAGAAACCGCCGGAACCACUUACCAGAGGAAUAGAGAGUUGGAAGUGAGGAGGAAGGAGAAGCACAGAAGAAGGGAAGUAAAUGAAAAGGAAGAGGAAGUAGAAAGGAAAAGGUAUAAAGAUAUGCAUCAGGAUAGAAGACAAGAGGACAAUAAAAGAGGAGAACACUGGAGAAGAUGAGCUUGAAAUCUCCUCUUAUAUGUACCUCAGUUGUUUUUCCGAACUCAAAGCAUCUUCCCAGGUGCUUGCUGUACAGCGGUCUUAUAUGCAUGAGGAACGCACAGAUCACAGGACUCUGAUCUGAUUACUAUGAAUAACCCUAACCCACACCCUGACCCUAACUAAAUGAAAACUCUUCAUUUUUGCAUUUUUAGAACUUAAAACACAUUAUUUAAUUUAUGUAUGGCUCAUUUUUCCAAAUGAGGCUGUCACAAAAUAUCCUCAAAGGGAGGUCCUGUCAGAUUGAGCUCACCUCUGGGGACAAAUUUUUCCCUAAACUAUGUACACACACACACACACACACACGCACAGGCACACAUGCACAGGCACUCUAGCCAAUUUGUGUAUCAUGCUGCAUAAUACAAUACUAUUCUGUAUGUCAUACAAUAAUGUUUUUGCCAUUUUAAGUUCUAACUUGUAUGUAACAUUUCAGAAAGUAAUGUAUGAAUUAAGUUAUUUAAGACCCCAUGAAAUUACUUUUGUCCUUUGAUGAUACACUUCCUAUUGAAACAGGAAGUUGAGGCUGACAUUUGUUUGUUUUUUAAAUAGCCAAUAGGCUUUAGGUACUUCACAGCCGUGAGCCAUGAUUUGCUACUUAUUAUUGCUAGUCGAUUGCUGGAUUUAUUAGUGGGAGGGACAUACUCAUUCUAGAGCAUUUCACUGGACGAAAAUCUGUGUAGUGCAAGAUGAGUCAUCAAUAUUUUUGGUCCAUUUUCUUGGAAGAGAAAGAAUGUAAAAAAAUAAAUAAAAAAAACGUAUUUAUUUUAUACACAGUCAGAUACAUACAUGACAUGUGUUUUUGCUUUUUGAUAGGAAAAUUUCCUUUAAAUGAUCAAAAUAGUCAAUUUGUGCAAUCAUCUUUUAUUUGUUCAACUUUUAAAAGCCAUAAUGUUUGCAGAGAUUUUGGCCAUUUGUUAAUGUCCGUUCUGUUUGCGUUCUUACGUUUUUGUGGACUUUGACUUCAUAACUGACCUCCAAAAAAAGUAAAUAAUUAGAAGGUUGUUUAAGCUACAUAUCGCAGCACAUCUCAAAACAUUCAUAGAUGUGUUUUACAUACUCAUGUCUUCCGAGUUCACUCUUUCAAGGUAAUUAGACAAGACAGAUUUUUCUUAGCAUUGAGAAAACACCCUCUGAUCAAAGAUACAGUCAGCAAGGAGGCCCCUCCCACUCAUGGGGGAAAGCGACGCUCUGUUUCCAUAGUUACUCAUUCAUUCCUAUGAGGAAAAUGGGUGAAAAAUAUGAAGGCGUUAAAAAUUUCAGUUGUGGGGUUUUGGCUUUGUCUGAAGUGCACAAAACUACACAACAGCUUUUCGUCAUGUUUUUUGUUGUUAAAAUAGUCAAAUCUUUUGGAUAUUUCUCUGUUUUUCUUAUCCACAGUUUUCCUGAGCAACCACUGGGCAGCGCCAUAAUGAUUCUAAUAGCCUGUUUUCUGUUUUUGAUCUCGAGAUGCAAUGUAAAACUAACUGAAACAAGCGAUCCAGAUGGAGAACAACAACCAUUUAAGUGUUAUUUGGAGUAAAAACUAAUUUCACACUCAACUUGUGAAGUUGUUGGCUGUCAUAAGUACUCAAAGUAACUCAAAGUAGUUAAUGAUAUUAACAUACUGCAACUAACCUCAGACAAUCGCUUCAUGUCACCUACAUACUUUUUUUUUUUUUUUUUUUUUAUAAUUUCUACAAAUUGUAGCAUUUGUAGAGGGAUUAGGAGACAAGAGAGCCAGAUUUAAAUGCAGUGCCUUUUAAAUAAACAAUAGAAACACAAGAAACUAGAAAACCGUGAGAACAAAAUAAAGCACUACAACCUACUAAGGACAAUAACCAACAAACACAGAGACCACAGGAGGGCAAUACAUACACUGGGGCUAACAAGGUUAACAAGAAACACCUGGGGAACCAGGAACAGAGACAGGACCAGGAACUAAAACAUGACUUCAAAAUAAAAGUCCAUACAAACCUAAAGUCCAGAACAUAUGUUAGAGAAAUUGAAAACAGACGAUUCAUGGAACACUUCCACGUUCAGUAAAAAGGUUAAUAGGAAUGAACUAUUGUAACAGUACUUUGCUUUCCCCAAGCUAAACCACGGCCCCAAUGAAUGACACGUAGAAGAAGACCGUAUCUAUAGCACAUUUACAGCAAAUCAAAUGUUAAUCUACCUACAAAUCUUUAAUACCUCUAACUGAACUACAGGGCUACAUUAAAUACCAAUAGUACAGCUAACAGUUAAACAAUGGCCUUCCAAUAUUGAGAUGAAUAUUGUCUGGUAAUGUUGCUAAAUGGAGCUCAUCUCGAAUACAGUACAAGCUUGUUAUCUUGCAAAUGGAUUGUUUAUGGUCACUGAAUUGUCCCUAUGUCAUGGAAAUUAAAUCAUGAUAAACAGAUAAAGUACAUUAGCCCAGCUGCACCACAGAUGUUCAGACAGGAAGUGAGUGUGAGAGAAGAUGGUGUUGAGUUGCAAUUGUAGCAUCUCAAACAGGUGGCUCACUGAGCUCAUAAAACUGAUCCCAGUGUUGUGUUUUGGGAAACUUAACUUUGGCAAACUAGGUAGCCUCCUCCUUGAAGAAAUUCACCCAAAAAUGACAAUUCUGACAUAAUGUACUCACCCACACGUUGUUCCAAACCCAUAGUUGUUCACUGUAUGCUUUCAUUGUAUGAAAAGGAGCAGCUAGAAAAUGCUUAAAAUUAAUCUCCUUUUGUGCUCCAAGGAAGAAAGAAAGUCAUUCGGGUUUUGAACAAUAUUAGCGCAAGUAAAUAGUGACAGAAAUUUCAUUUUGGGGUGAAUUAAACUUUUAAAAAAAUGUAAGUGUACAGUAUGUGAAUGUUUUAAUCUGUUAUGCCAAUUUUAGAGUUUAGGAUUGAACUAUUUUGACCUUGAGGCAUGUGUACUAUCAAAAUUGUAAGUGUAAACUAGAUUUACCAAAGCCCAAGUUAUACCUUGGUGUUUUAUUACAUAAGGAUAGGCCUGAUGAGACAUGUUGUCAUGCACAUUGAAUCAUUGUUAAACAUGUUUGCUGAUGUUUCAGAAUGUCGUGUUACCCUGUUGUGGUUUGGAUUGUCACUCACUUUAGCUGAUUUGUGUAGGAUGUAGAAAUGUUAGGAUAGUACAGGUACCAAUUUUAUGUUUUCAAUUACUCGAUGUCAGUGUAACUUAUGUCAUUUUGUAAUUUGAGUGCUUAUGUUUUGAAAAUAAGUCAUUUUGUAAAUAGUUUAAAGAGUUUUGAUUCAGUCUCAAAACCUGAAAUGAAGUUCAACAUUUUACAGUACAGUUCUGUACAGCUAUUUCUGAUUUUUUUCUUUUUUUUUUCUUUUUCUGAAAUGUCUGAAUUGAAUUGUAUUUCAUGCCAAACGUCUUCAGAUGUUCUCGACUGAAUCUGCAUUUCGCAGUGAUUGAAGUUUUAUGUUUGUAUUUUUCUGUGGCAUUUUGUCCCCUCUCCAAAGUGCUGUAAAUUGUUUUAAUAGUAUACUAUAGCAAAUAUAAAGCUUCCCCGUGAAUGUUAAUGAUAAUUUUAUUAAAUGUCAUGGUUUGUGUAUUUUCUUAUUUAUUAACGAUAUACGCCUGAACAACUGCAUUAAACAAUUUCAACCUGUCA